AUGUUGAAUUUCCAGGACUCCGUGGAGGCCAUGCCAAUGAGAACUAUUCGCGAUUAUCGCGAACACAUGCACUCAAAGCUUGUUACUCAGGCUACGCACGAUCCACAUCUCUCUAUGGAUUGUCCUGAACGCUGGAUAACCUCCCAUGGAUUUCAACUGUUCUUGCAGUUUGACAGUGCAGUACCACUCAUGGAUCCGUUGGAGCCAUCGCGACGAGAUCUCAUCACAUUCCGAGAACAAGUGCGUAUCUUACCUCCGGACCUGCUCAGCCACGCGUUCUUUAGCCUCGAUAACGUUGAAGAUUGGGUGAUGCCGGGUCCAUUCACCACCUUCACUCGAUUGGAAAUGGAGCGGUCAAGAUAUUUCCCACCUACAUUGUCCCAGCAGGACCCUUUAUUCCGACCAAAUAGCUCCAUGUCAACAAACACACGCUCUGAAGCCGGUUCAGAGGUUUUCUCCGAAGAUCCGCCGCCGCUUUCUGACUGCUCUCGUCCUGGUAGUGCCAUGUCUAUUCGUUUGGAAUCUUCACAAGCAUCUCAGUUGCCUCUUUCUGCUUCAUUGCUGCCUGAUGCAGCUCAAUCUAACGGGUUCAAUCCUAUCCGUCCAAAGCUGGCCCGAAUGCCGCGUCAACCAAGGAAAGCGCAACGGGAGGAGCGCAAAGGCAUGAUCGCCAUCUCGAGAGAGCUAUGGGUUCAUGAGUUACGAACCAUCAAGGCCAUUCCUGACACCUGGGACGUAUCAAGAGACGACCACCGAGUUGCGUAUCUUGUGGACAUGUCCGAGGCUUUGGAAUUGCUUCGUGAUGAUAAAGGUAUUGUUCAAUCAAUUCAGGCAUAUAUUCGGAAGCAGACUCAAGACUCUUGGGCCGGGAAGGGAUCCGGCGGGAGUCUGAAAGGCGACACUGACGUCUUGGCGUUCCCCGGAGAACCAGGGAAAGCUGUCCGUUGUCGUUGUGGACAAUUCGGCUGUGGAGGAAUGCGGAAGUGCGAGUUUCUUGAUCCCCAACUCCUCGAGAAUUGCGAGAGAUACGAGGUGGAUGACACAGAACGUCAGAAGCUCUCAGCAUUAGUAUUGGAGGCCAACGAACAUGAGAGCGAAACAGAGUGGACAGUGAUCGCUCGAUUCUUCCGGUAUGUCAAAGGCCUGAAGUGUAAAGCAAAAGUAAAUGGUGUCUUGUGUUCGGGUACUGCUGUGGUUGUCCCAUACAAAACGCCAAUUCCUGGGCAGAACAAGUAUUUUAUUGGCUGUAGCGCAUGGUCUCCUCAGGCCAACGAACGACAGAAGCAUAUUUCUGAUCACCUUCGACCUCACAUCAACGAGGACUUGUUUCGUUAUGCCAUGGAUCAUGACGGGUUACUUCCAAACUCCCCCACUACUCACAACUCCUGUUGCUUCACUGCACACCCACGCUUUGGUUUACUCAACUGUGCUUAUUCUCACAUGAUCGAGGGCCAAAUCAAGAUCGGACGAAUGGUUCCACACAAAUGUCCCUGUGAGAUGCUCAUAUUUGAGCCAGUCAAUCCGGCUCCGGCUCUAGCGAAUAAAGCAAUCAUCUUUAAGCUGAAUGCUGCAAUUGAUGCUGCCGGACUCGGUUCUGUUACGACUCAGAAACUACUGGAUGCGUCUUCAACACGAGAUCUUUAUGGAGGAAAGCGUGUGAGCGAGGAGAGUCCUGCCUUUGCAGAUAAGCGUCUUGUAAGGGAUACAAUUGCAAAGCGCCGAGGGGAAGCUUAUCCGCACGGCAUGGGAUGGCUGGGUGUUGUCAACCGAUUUACGACCAUCGACCAGAAGAAACCUCCCGUGGAGCGGUACAUACACUCGGUUAUCAGCAAAAAUUCACGACUCGCUGUUAUGAUGCAUCCCAUGCUUGCUCAACGUGUCCAUCACAUGACGGCCAUCAUGUUUGAUUAUGCAUACAAGCGAAUCGAAGGGGAACUGAAUGAAUGUGACGCUGCAGGAUUUUCGAAUUCACUCAAUACUCGGAUUCUCUUUGGCAGCGUAAUUGGUGACGGCCUUGAUUCUGCAUCAUACAAAACGAUGUUUUCAGAGUUUUGGGACGCAGUCGAGAGCUGUACUGGCCAAACUCUGAAGCUGGCGCCGUUCUAUCCGGAUGCAAAACUCAAGGUCAUCGUUCUUGAUGGCGACAUUGCUCAAGCGCUUGGACUCGGCAUGUUUCUUGUCAACUACAACAAGCCAGAAAUCAGCGGAAUCCACACCACUGAUCCAGCCGAGAUCAUCUCCUACUCUCUCAAGAUGUGUUCGGUUCACUUUCAACGUCAUAUCAACGAACUCCCGAAAACCAUCCCCUUGAAUAUAAUUGCGCUUGCAAAGUCAAUCUUGACUGCAAAAACUCAAGAGGAGAUUGAUCACUGGAAUUCCGUGAUGUCUUCGCAAACUGUCACUGAGCUCAAGAACUGGUAUGAGCAUAAGCUUCGUAAUCCCCUCAUUUUUUGCGCCAUCAACCAGUCGCUCUCGAAGAUUCCUUUGGGAAUUUGGAAUACAACACCGGACAGUACCAACUACGUCGAGUCGGCACAUGCCACCCAAAAUGCGGAGACUUCAAUCCACCUAAGUCCCUUACGGGCAACUGAGACUGCUGAGGAGCGAGACAACAUCCGGGUGAGAGAGCUUCUGCAGAUUGAGCUCGAAGGGGUCGGCCCAAAACGCAACAAUGACAUCUACAACCGUGAGAAGCGAGGGCUCCAGCGCCGCCAGUGGACUUUGCAAAAACAGGCGCAACGUGACGCCGAUCUCAACAACUACGACAAUCUUCGAGCUGAGAUCGAGCUCAUCGGAGAACAGAAUCAGGUCUCCCUUGACAGGGAACGUCAGAUUCGUACUGAUAUCCAACGUCUGCAAGGAGAACUUGCAAUUGAUAAACGUCGUCAUGAACUGAAGCAAGAAAUUGCUCAGUUGCGUGAGGAGGCUGCAGCGGAGGCCGCACUUCGUCGAAACCUCCGGAUCCAGAAAGAGGAGACCGAUGCGAAAGCCAAUGCCCUCCGCGCUACUUCUUUAUCUGGUGUUCGGAUACAGGGUCGUCACAAGAAUUCUAGACCAAGCAACCCAGACACGGCAGCGACUGAUCGCAGCGGCAUAGACUGUUCGACUACAACCGUCGAAAGUGUGCACGAAGACAUGCCCAAUGGAUCAUUGUUUGAUGGCGUGGACUGGGAGGUUCAAAACGAUAUUUACCAGCCUCCAGACGUUGGUGCUCCUUUUGUGUACAGCCCCACUCCCCCCCAGACUCCAAAUCAAGCCGAGUUUUCGCUGGAGUAG